AUGCGAAAUCGAUUACUAUCAAACCUAUUACAAACAAGAAAAUUGUUUUAUGAACAUUUCAAACUUCGCACAAACAAUGUAAUAACGUAUUCUCAAUUAAAACAAGUUCAAAAAUUUUCAACUAAAAGUGAUGAAUUUAAGAAUAUUGAAAAUGUGGAAACCAGUUCGCAUAACCUUCCUGCUUCAUUCGGAUCCAAUUACAAAGUCUUUGAUGACAAAGAUGCAGAAAUUAUUCUCGAUGCUAGUGAAAAAGAAAUAAUUAACUUGGAGGAUUUGCAACUUGAAGAGGAAUAUUAUAAUCCUUACGAGGGAAUAAAUUUGGAACGUGGAGUUAAUGGAGUAUUCGAAAUAGAUGACUUAGUACCACUGCUGCAAAGAGAAAACGCUGUAAAUAUUUUUGUAGCAGCAGUUCCUCCUGAACUAUCAUAUGUUAGUUAUAUAGUUGUAGUCACAGGAAAAUCACAGAAGCAUAUGAAAGGCCUCGCUGCUUUUAUUAGGAAGGUAUAUAAAUUAAAAAGGUGCAAAACAGAUUUAAUACCACAGAUUGAAGGCAAGGAUUCAAAGGACUGGGUUGCUCUAGAUUUAGGUAACAUCGCAUUACACAUUUUCUCACAGCCUGCGAGAAUGUUAUAUGAUUUGGAAACUUUAUGGUCAGUUGGUCCUGAUUACGAUGAGAAGAGUAAGGUAUCAGAUGUGGACAUUAUGGAGCAAUAUAAUACAUUUUUGUCCGAUAUGAACCCUAUUGAUGAUACCGAUUAUAUUAAAAAUGAGUCUACCAAAAAAGAUUAUAAAUAA